CCCAUUUCCUUCUCUCACCUUAUCCCCUUACUGUCCAUCACCUCCCUCUUGUGCCCUUUUCUUUUUUCCAUGGGUUUCUGAUCAGAAGGAAAAGUGUGUAUGGAACCGGAGGAAAUAGCAGAGGGCUCAUUCUGCUACGCACUUCAACGAAUAACUCAGUGCUGUAUUGGAGUUUGGCUUCCAAAUGUGCAGCUCAGCUUCAGCUGGAAUCUUGUUGGAGCAGAGGUGCAAUAAUGCGGCAAGGAAGAUCAAGAGUGGAGUUGGAGUGAUCAUGUAGAUUUGUCUGACACCUGUAUACAUUGGGAUUAUGUCUCUGGUGGAUCCAGUAAUUUGAAUCAUGAUUUGCAUGGAGUUAGGAAACAAAGGAGAAGGUUUUAUAUUCUUCCAUAUAUAAGAAGAAAGAAUUGAAUCCAAAGAGUCAAAAGAAAGAUUUAGGAAUAAAAACAGGCACAGCUUGAAAAAGGUGUAUAAAUUCAGCACUGCCUUACUAUGGCUGGGAAAAGAACAAAAGCUUUUGCACAAGAGACGCAGAAGAUGAAUCCCCAGUCUCUUUGGAUUCAAUCAGUGACUUCCUUAAGCAGCAAAAUUCAGAAUUUUCUGAGGAGUUUCAACGACUUAAUGGCAAAUUGGAUACAAUCCAACAAACCUUACCUGAGCAUGCGAAUCGAAUUCAGGAAAAUACUGCAAAACUGGCGACACUUAAAGAUAUUGAAGAUACAGUUGUUAUGAAUGUACCACAGCUCUGAGGGGCCGAAGGGUGCGGGGUAGCCCCCUCCUUUUUGAGAAUUGCAGGACCGCUAUUGAUUUGGGUCAGGAGACCCAGGAAAUGAGAGAGAGACAUUUGGAAUGUCUUGACCCCCCGGCGAUAUAAAGCUACAGAAAAUGGCCAUUGUCUCUUGGAGAUGGAAUUGUGUAUUAAAAUACUGUGCUUCGUGGAAGCCCUCAGGCAAAGUGGGCUGGUUGAGGGUGGGAUUGCAUCAUCCCAACCUGAUUGACAUCUGAGACCCUGUGAGCCAGGAUUAAGGAGGGUCUGUGGGAACAGCCCCUCAGACGCACCAGAAGAAACGUUAGCGAUCCCGUAAUAGCAAAAGCCGGUGGGGAGGCCACGUGCGUUUGGUUCCAUUUGCCCUGGAAUCGGUGUGCCUUUACCACGGAAGAACGGUUUUUAGCUAACAAUGGGGAAAUCAACUCCGAACGACUCUGGAAGGAUUAACAUCAUAAAAGGACUGGGCAAGUUUUAACCCGUUUUUCUCUCAAACCAAAACGCUGCAGCUUGAAUGAACUAAAGUGACUUUUGUAUUUCCAUCGGACAAUACAUUAUCCCCUAGACAACGAUAGAGCUAUUCCUUAUUGAUUAUUAUUAUACCCGCGCUUUUAGAGUUAGUAUUGACGAUGUAUAUUAUCUGUAUGUUUACAUUGAUAUUAUUUUGUGUAUUUUUAUCAAUAAAUACUGUUAAAAAUAGUACCAUCAGACUUCAACGGACCUCUCUAUCUUUGCUGGUAAGUGACCCAGUUACGGGAUACGUAACAACUUGGGGUUCUCGUCUCAGGAUUUGACACCAAAUUGGGGGGGGGGCAGUGAAUCGGGCUUGUAAGUCCAAACUUGGAUCUGGUUACACGGGUAGCCAGACGGGAAACCAGCAAAGAUGGACGUGGGUGAAUUUAUAGAAAACCCGACUCUGGAGGCGCUAGAGGCGGCCACCAAAUCAGACUUCAUAAAUUUGGCGAAGGGGUUAAACCUCGCAGAGGUGAGGUUGUCAAUGAAAAAGAGGGAGGUGCGAAAGGCAAUAACUCAGUAUUAUAUUGGGAAGAAUGUGUUUGCAGCUGAGGUGUUGGAAAAUAUCCCUGAAAAGGUACCAGCUAGUGGGACGGCUCAGUUAGAGUUGGAGAAAUUAAGGUUGGAACAUGCAAUUAAGGUAAAGCAGCUGAGAAGGAGAAUGAAAGAGCCGAGAGAGAGAGAGAGCAUGCGCUCCAGCUAAAGGAGUUAGAAGUGAAACGGGAGCAGGAAAGAGCUGAGAAACAAAGGAAGCAUGAAAUUCAGUUAAAACAGCAAGAAGCAGAUGAGAAAGAGAAAGAGAGAGAGAGAGCCGAGAAGGAGAGAGCAGUUUAAAUCAGGCCAGUAUCGAUUUGGCCGAGACGUUCUUACCGACCCUGUACCAAUAGGGUUUAGAGGGUGGUAAAAUGAAGAGUAGUAAAGUGAAAGAGAGUAAGGGAGAGGAGGUAGACCUGCCCUUAGCGAGGAGAAAAGUUCUAGAGGCAGGAGAUAAAGAUGAGAACCAGAUAGAGCUGUUAAAAGGUCCAGAGUUGGACAUGGAUGAUCUGUCUGGUUUGGCAGAACUGUUUGAAGAAGUUGAAAAUUCUAAAGGUGUUCCCGAUAAUGAAAUGAGGGCAGUCCUAGAUGAAAAGGGUGCCCUUACCUUGAAGAAGUCUGCUGGGUUGGCAGAUGAGGUUGUUUCAGCCCGCGGGGUUGAGUUUACUCCAGAAGGGAGUUGCCCAGAGAGUAGCUGGGAGAAUCAGGGGAAUUUAGAAUUUGGACCGGGUACGGGUAUUGAAAGCCUGGAAGAGGCAAGUGUCCUGUUUGAGUGUGUCCAAGAUGUGGAUGCACAUGGUACUGAACCUAGUAAUGGAGCUCAGAAAAAGUCUGAGGUAUUUGAUUCAGUUGACAAGGAAGGCAGUCCUUGUGGGUCAGAUAGACUUGGUUCAGCAAAGAAAGGGUUAACCUUGGUAAUAGUGGGAAGUGAGAGUUCCCAGGUGUUUGUGCUCGAAGGUGUGUUAAAAGUUAAUGUGGAGAUCAAAAGUGGGGAGAUGAAUAUUAUUAUUGAAGGAAACGGGAAAUAUGUAGUUCCCAAAUCGAAUGACGAAAACUUAAAGCCUGCGGAUCACUUACAGGUUGAGUUGGAAGAUGACAGGGCCCCCCAUGCUAUUGUUAUUCCAGAGUGUGGUGUGAAAAGGCAGAAUUUGAAAUGCUGCUUGAACAAAGAGUUUGAACUGAAAACUAAUAGCCUGAAGGGUCCUGAAGAGAAAGCUAGCAACUUGUGUAAAAUUAAAGAAUUGGGUGGAAAUUCAGAAGAUGGUCUAAGUUUGGGACACAGUGUUGAUAAAAUAACUCCUAUGAAAAAAGCGGGCGAAGCCUAUUUUCCCAGGGUACCCAAGCUCCCCACGUGGGAAUUAACCGGAAAAGAGGCGAGGGUUAAUGGGGACGCCAUUUUUAAAUAGGAAAAGCCGGUUUUACGGAAUUUCGACAAAGCAUGUGAAUAACAAAGACAACCCCAUGGAAGCCUGCUUGUUAAGUUUGAAAGCAACGGAAAGAUUAGUAUUUGCAUGAACUUUUGUAGUAUACCCGUAAGCUAAGAUCACAACUCUUUAGUUUUUGUUUGCUGAAGGAAAGAAAUAAAAAUAGGUGGUUAUUAAAUUGAAGUCUGAUGCUACAAGACUUUAGUAAGGUACAAGAUGUUAAGAUAUUAAAGAAAGUGACACUGUAAUCAUUAACUGUUUAGAUGCUGAAUUGAAUGUAUAACUGUAUUACUCUGUUAAAAAAAACCUUUUGUAUUGUGUUAGAUUCUAAAAUCCUGUUUUCACCGAUGGUGAAAACGCUUUGAAGAAAGGGGGUGUUAUGAAAGUACCACAGCUCUGAGGGGCUGAAGGGUGCGGGGUAGCCCCCUCCUUUUUGAGAAUCGCAGGAUCGCUAUUGAUUUGGGCCAGGAGACCCAGGAAAUGAGAGAGAGACGUUUGGAAUGUCUUCACCCCCCAGCGAUAUAAAGCUACAGAAAAUGGCCAUUGUCUCUUGGAGAUGGAAUUGUGUAUUAAAAUACUGUGCUUCGUGGAAGCCCUCAGGCAAAGUGGGCUGGUUGGUGGAGGGAUUGCAUCAUCCCAACCUGAUUGACAUCUGAGACCCUGUGAGCCAGGAUUAAGGAGGGUCUGUGGGAACAGCCCCUCAGACGCACCAGAAGAAACGCUAGCGAUCCCGUAAUAGCAAAAGCCGGUGGGGAGGCCAAGUGCGUCCGGUUCCAUUUGCCCUGGAAUCGGUGUGCCUUUACCACAGAAGAACUGUUUUUAGCUAACAACAGGGAAAUCAACUCCCAACGACUCUCGAAGGAUUGACAUCAUAAAAGGACUGGGCAAGUUUUAACCCGUCUUUCUCUCAAACCAAAACGCUGCAGCUUGAAUGAACUAAAGUGACUUUUGUAUUUCCAUCGGACAAUACAUUAUCCCCUAGACAACGAUAGAGCUAUUCCUUAUUGAUUAUUAUUAUACCCAUGCUUUAAGAGUUAGUAUUGAUGACAUAUAUUAUCUGUAUGUUUGCAUUGAUAAUAUUUUGUGUAUUUUUAUCAAUAAAUACCGUUAAAAAUAGUACCAUCAGACUUCAAUGGACCUCUCUAUCUUUGCUGGUAAGUGACCCAGUUACGGGGUACGUAACAUAGUUAACCUCUACAAAGAGUUAUCCUUCUCCAAUGAAAAAAUGAUGAAAAGAAUAAUCAGUGUAGAAAAUAGAAACAGUAAUAAUUUGCGAAUUCUGGGUCUGGAAGACGCUGACCCUACGAAGUUCUUUGCAAACUUUCCGAAACAGUUAUACCCUGUUUUAUUCACUUCUGCGCUGAAGCUUGCUCGAGCAUAUCACUCGCCGACUUCGAAGCCAUUGUCCUUGGCAGUGAGACCCAGGUUAGUCAUUCUAAGUU